GUGUGUAUGUAUGUAUAUAUGUAUUUACGUAUGUACGUAAGACGGAACCUUGUAAUUUCCGUAUUUUCGUUCGUCAAGAGAAGCCGACUUAAUUACACGGUUAAUCGUGCAAUUUACCACCACCAUCACUACCGCCAAUGACGACGAUGCGCGUCGCCUUCGUUAUUUGUCCUUCCCGCAAAAGAAAAAGAAAAAGAAAAAGAGCAAACGAAAGAAAGAAAAGUCUAAUUGCAAAGCAAGUAAUACUGUAUACGUUCAAAAAGAAGGAAGAAAGGAAAAAAAAAAAAAAAGAAACAGAAUGGGAUGGUCUUGAUAAUAGACGUAAACUCACCUGACCUGAUACUUAUCGCUCUCACGAUAAAUGAAUCGCAUUAUGCUUCGAGAUAUCGCCGCGAUAAAUCGACACGACUUACGUAAUUUCAUCGUGAGAGAUCGUAUCGUUUGAUCGUAGUACGAGCUAGUGUUUACGCGAAGGCUCGAUGACCUGCGUUGAAGAUAAUCAAGAGUGUAAAUUAAUCGAACGAAUUUCCCAAUGAUUUACGAUAAUUCCCUUGUUCGCAUUUAACAUGCUAACGCGAGUAUGUGUAGUUUUUUAUUGCAUGCGGAAAUAUGCAUAAGAGAAGAAGACAUUUAACGAGUCGUGCAUCGAUGCAUGGCGACAGAAAAAGGAAGGAAAGAGAGAGAGAGAGAGACACGUAACAUUUGGUACAUCGCCAUCGUCGCGAGUCGGAUCCAUCCGUUUCCUGCCAUUCUAAAGAGUGAAAUACAUACUUCCUUACUAUCAUCGUCAUCGUCUUCGUCGUCUUCGUCGUCUUCGUCGUCGUCGUCGUCAUCCUUCCCGUGGUCCACCCACGUAAAGACUUUCCGCAUAUCUUUUCUUUUUUUGUUUUUCUCUCUUUUUUUUUUUUAACCUAAACCAUUUUCUAACAUACAUCCCAUGCAACUUUAUUAUACAAACCGACGAGAAGAGGUUAAAAGAAGAGGAGAAAGUUAAAGAAAGAGAUAUAUCUAAUUUGAAAAAGGAUUAGAGAUAAAGAGAGAUAGAGAGAUAGAAAGAUAGAUAGAUAGAUAGACAGAGAGAUAAAUAGAUAGAUAGAUAGAUAGAUAGAUAGAGAAAGAAAGGAGAGAAAGAACAGUAGCACGGUCGAUUGGUCUGUUCGAGAGAAAGAGAGAAACAAAGAAAAAGAGAGAGAUAGCGAGACAGCGAGAGAGAAAGAGAGAGAGAGAGAAAGAGAGACAGUAAAGAGCCAAUCGUCCUUGCACUUCGCGACGGCCCUUCGCGAAUUCGGGCCACGCUCGUGUACGUCACUGGGAUUUCGUAGCGUCGUGGCGCAUGGUGGUGGUAAACUAAAUAUGGUGGGGGUAAAGAGAGGAGAAGCAUUGAGUAGUGGGGAUAGCUCGGACGAGAGAGAGAGAGAGUGAGAGUGGUGGGGAUAGUCCGACUCACGGAGCUCGCUGAGACUGGAAGCGCGGAGAGACGGAAAGAGGUAAAGAGUAGAGGAGAGUAGAGAGGAGAGGAGAGAGGUGGAGAGGAAGCGAGCCAUUGCGCCAUCAGGAAGUGGCUCACCACUUACACGCGCGGAGUUAACCGGCGACACGCACGCUUGUGCGCGCGCGAGAGUAUGUUCGAAAAAGAGAGAGAGAGAGAAAGAGAGGGAGAGAGUGAGAGAGGGAAAAGAGAGGAGGGUACCCAGAGGCAGACGGACUUAACGCAUCGAGGAGAGAUAAGAAGAGAAUAUAGGCACCGUCUAAAGAGCGGUGGCGGCGCUCGAGCGAACGAACGACGAAUGGUGAAGCAAAAAACCUACAAAGUAGAAGUCAUGGGUCUCCGGGUACAAGAGAUGUAUACUGUGCACUGUCACUUGACCAGGAAGAGAUAUUCAGAACGACAACUAUGGAGAGAACGCUUAAUCCUUUCUUCGGGGAGGAGUUUCAGUUCGAGGUACCCCGCAAAUUUCGAUACCUUGGUAUUUAUGUCUAUGAUAGAGAUAGGCACUUAAAGCAAGACAAAAUUCUGGGAAAAGUAGCAAUAAAGAGGGAAGAUUUAGCGACAUAUCAUAAUAAAGAACAUUGGUUUCCAUUAAAACCAGUUGAUGCCGAUUCUGAGGUACAGGGGAAAGCUCAUUUAGAACUUGCUUUGCAACCUCAAGUUGGACAUGUUCAACCAAAACUUACAGUCAGAGUAAUAGAAUGUAGUGAAUUAACUAUUAAAAAUGGUGGCUGUGAUCCUUUUGCAACUGUUACAGUCAUCUACAGUAAUGGUAAACAAAUAUCAAAGCGCACGAAAGUUAAGAAAAAAACAGUAUCUCCUUAUUUUAAUGAGACGUUUGUUUUUGAGCCAGAGCUAAUGGAAUAUAAAGAUAAAGAUGUAUCUCAUUAUUCUAUUGAUGGAGGAGAAGUUGGUGAAGUUGUAGUUGGCUUAUGGCAUGCGUCUCCUGGUAUGGGAGAACAACCUGCAUUUCUAGGAGAAGUGCGUGUUACAUUAAGAGGACUUCAGAAGCAACCAACUAGUACAACAACUGCGUGGUAUUUUCUUCAACCAAGAGCAGCAAAACAUAGACCAAAUAAAAUUUCAAGUAAUUCAACACCACCGGGUACCCUUCCAGGGUUAGGGUCAUUACGUUUAAAAAUUCAUUAUACAGCUGAUCAUGUUUUCCCGUCUGGAAUGUAUGAGAGAUUGAGAACUUUAUUAUUACAAAGUGUUAAUGUUCAACCAAUAACAUCAUCUGCUGUUUAUAUUUUGGGUGAAAUUGUGGCUUCCAAAAUGGAAGCUGCACAACCACUGGUUAGAGUGUUAGUUCAUCAUGGACAAUUAGUGUCUGUGAUGCGAGCACUUGCAAGUCAUGAAAUUUCUAAACUAACUGAUCCAACAACUAUUUUCCGCGGUAAUACAUUAGUCAGUAAAAUGAUGGAUGAAGGCAUGAGAUUAGCAGGUCUUCAUUAUUUACAUAGUACAUUAAGACCAGCAAUGGAGCAGGUCUUUUUAGAAAGGAAACCUUGCGAAAUAGAUCCUACAAGGGUAAAGGAUGCAAAUACGAUACAAACGAAUUUAGCAAAUCUAAAGGAAUAUGUAGAAAGAGUAUUUACAGCUAUAACAACGUCUGGUGUAAGAUGUCCGCCAUUAAUGUGUGAAAUGUUUUGGUGUUUACGAGAACUUGCUGCAACUCACUUUCCAAAGAAUAAAGAAGUACGUUACUCCGUGAUAAGUGGUUUUAUUUUCCUAAGAUUUUUCGCACCUGCAAUAUUGGGACCAAGAUUAUUUGACAUCACUACUGAACAAAUUGAUUCUCAAACAAAUAGAACGUUAACAUUAAUAUCUAAAACAAUUCAAAGUCUGGGUAAUUUAGUGAGUUGUAGAGGAGGAGCUGGUAGCGUUUGUAAAGAGGAAUAUAUGGAAUGUGUAUAUAGAGAAUUUUAUACAGAAAGACAUAUACAAGCUGUUAAACAAUUUUUGGAACUUAUAUCGACUAGUAGCAGUAGCGGUGCAACGAAACAACGACCUACGAUGUUGCAAGAACAACCAGUUGUGUUGAAAGAAGGAAUAAUGAUCAAGAGGGCUCAAGGGAGAAAAAGGUUUGGAAGAAAAAAUUUUAAACAGAGAUACUUUAGAUUAACUACACAAGAUUUAACUUACUCCAAAACAAAAGGUAAAGAACCUUUAUGUAAAAUUCCUUUGGAGGAAAUACUCGCGGUUGAAAGGUUACACGAAGAUUCUUUCAAGAUGAAAAAUAUGUUUCAAAUAGUACAACCACAAAGAGCAUUGUAUGUUCAAGCUGGUAAUUGUGUGGAAGAAAAAGAAUGGAUCGACAUACUUACGAAGAUAUGUCAUACAAAUAGUAAUAGAUUAGAAAAAUAUCAUCCUAGUGCAUAUAUUAAUGGCCAUUGGCUUUGUUGCCGUGCAGCAUCUGAAGUAGCUCCAGGAUGCAGUGAGGUGUCUCCAGGUAUAGAGGCUGGUUUACGCAUGGUUCUAGAUCCUGAUCGGGAUUUACAAAGGAUACAUUCUUUGAUUUUCACCAAUAUGCCUCGGCUUGAAACAUUAAUGAGUGCAUGUGAGUGUCAGGCAGUGUAUGGGGCGAGUGAUAUGUGUGUGAUACCAGGUGGUGGGUCUCUUAUUGAAGACGUUCCAUCUUGUUUUAAAACUUUAACUUCGUUGAGAGAAGCUGCAUAUGCUUUGCAGCACGAACAUAGAGCUUACUUUAGAAGACUAGCACGUGAUACCAAGUAUGGGAGCAAACAAGCACCUAUUGGUGACGAUAAUUACCUCCAUUUAGCUGCCAGAGCUGGUUUUGAUAGUCAGAUAACGAAACGUGCUUAUGAAACAGAUAGCUUAAAUCAGCGUUGUACAGAUGCAGACCAUUGUUAUGAUAUUGGAUUUUCUAGACGAAUAGAAGAUCGAAGAUACGACGAUACACUCAGGAAAUGUCUAGACUCUGACUCCAUCAAUCGUAGGUAUGAGAAUGAAAGUAAUUUGUUAAGACGCUAUGACAGUAGUACUGAUACUAUUAAAAGUAUACAAAAUGAUCUCAAAAAAUUUGAUCAUAGUUUAAACAAUACAUUAAGAUCUGAAAAAUCUGAAAGAAAUGGAAAUGAAAAUAUGGAAAAUCGUAAAAGACUUGAUAGCUCUGCUUUGUUGGCAACAGAUGGAAUUAAUCUAUCUGGUACACUGUCAAGAAAGUUAAAUAAUUAUGAUAAUACUAGAAAACUGGAUGAAUGUACAUUGACAAGAAGAAUAAGGGAUGACAUAAAUGACAUAUCCUGUACUGCUAUGAGUGAACGUGGCAAUCAUUAAUUUAACUGUAAUAUAAAAAAUACACGCUCUACGUUCCUAGGACACAUUUUUAGAGGAAACUUUGUCCGUGCAUUCGCAUUAGUUAUAUUUCAAGAAGAGAUGGCACUCAAAUUCAAUUCUGAUUAUACAAGGCUAUAUAUAUUUUUUUACUACUCAUACAGAUAUAUAUAUAUAUAUAUAUAUAUAUAUAUAUAUAUAUAUAUAUUAAUAUGUAAUACUGCUUUUGCUUACAUAUUGUUGACUCUUGUGCAAUAGGGUCAUCUCUUUUCUUUUUUUUUUUCUUUUUUUUUUUUCUUUUUUUUUUUCUUUUUUGUACACGCGAUUUUAAUAUUUUUUUGAAUUAUGUAAGUUCUGGUUGUCUUACGCGCACAAAACUUUUGAAGCUAUAAGAUCAAAAGACUUCGAGAAGCCAUUUUUAUGUAUUUGGUUUCUUAUAACGCUGUGGAAAACUGAACAUCUCGUCAAACGACAAAAAUUUCUAUUAUUUAUUUAUUUAUUUUCACGUCAUUUUAAAAAGCUGGUAAUAAUGUAUGUGCAUUAAAUAUGAUGCAAUAACACACAAUGUGUUAUCGAUUGCAUAAGCUAUAAUCUCAUAGACUGGGGAUAAUUUAAUAAUCGCCAGUUUUAACUGAUAAAUAUUUAGGGAACAUAAUAGCUAUUUUUAAUUAUGAAAAUAUUAUUUUAGGUGAAUAUAUUAUUUAAUUAUCAUUGUUUUUCAUUCAUAA